UUUAUAAAAAAUAUUAUUAUUAAUAUUGAUGAUGGAUAAUGAGAAGUAUUUGCCGGAGCUGAUGGCUGAGAAGGAUUCCCUGGACCCAUCUUUCCAGCACUCCUCACGCCUCUUAGAGCAAGAAAUUGAAAAGAUUCAGAAAGGCGAGGAGAAAGAGGACGAGAAGUUCAUCGAUGUCGUAAUAAACAAGAACAUGAAACUGGGACAGAAAGUCCUGAUUCCCGUCAAACAGUUUCCCAAAUUUAAUUUUGUGGGAAAACUUCUCGGUCCUCGAGGGAACUCACUAAAGAGACUACAGGAGGACACACUCACCAAGAUGUCCAUCCUUGGCAAGGGGUCCAUGAGAGACAAAGAAAAGGAAGAGGAGUUGCGGAAGAGUGGCGAGGCCAAAUAUCAUCACCUUAACGAGGACCUGCACGUCCUCAUAGAGGUGUUCGCUCCACCCGCUGAGGCUUACGCACGCAUGGGUCAUGCCCUUGAAGAGAUCAAAAAAUUUCUCAUUCCAGAUUAUAAUGAUGAAAUCAGACAAGCUCAGCUUCAGGAGUUGACGUUUCUGAACGGCGGCUCAGAGGAUGCCAAGGUGCCCGCAGUAAGAGGGAAAUCCAGCUCGAGGGCUCGUGGCACACCUACCGCUGGCUCACACAGGAGUAGAGGAGGUGUUCCUCCACCCCAGGCUGCGGUUCCUCGCGGGGCAGCACCCAGAGGAGCUCCACCAAGCCGCCUUCCGUCUAACAGAGGGAGAGCACAGAGAGGACGUGGAGCUCCACCGCCUGUAGGAUACAGACCGCCGCCCCCUGUGGUGCAGGACACGUACGGAGAAUACGAAUACGAUGACGGAUAUGGAACAGCCUACGACGACCAAGGGUACGACUCAUACGACAACACUUACAGUAACCAAGGACAAAACUCAGAGGACUAUUAUGACUAUGGACAUGGUCUAAGUGCGGAAUCCUAUGACUCAUAUGGCCAGGAAAAGUGGACGAAUGGCCGGAACAAGGCUCCGUCAGCGAGAACAAACAAAGGAGUGUACAGAGACCAGCCUUACACACGAUACUGAACUCUAAAGUCAGCCACACCCGCCCAUGCAUUUCCAAGUAAUGGAUUUUAUAUGGACUUCCCCCCAUUUCUUUUCCAUUUUUUUUUUUUUUUUUCAGAAUAAAAUCAACUAAAACGCUGAAAAAACAAAACAAAAGCAUCCCAGAGAGGAAGGGGAAGAUGGGAACAUGAUUUCAUGGGGACGUUCAUGGGGACUGAUAGACACUGGUGUUUUGUUGCAUGGAUGCAAGAUUAAUUAAACCUGUGAUCACUGAUUAUGUGUAAAAGAGGCAACCAAUCAGAAUUCAAUGCCAGUAUUGAAAAAAAUAGGGGGUGGGGGCUAGUAAUUAGAAGGUGGUGUAAGCUUCAGGUGUUAGGUAUUUAGAUUUAGUCAGGUACAUUUAUAUAGACACUUUUUUGAUUAGUGAUUAAUUUCAGUGUGUCCCUUGUAAAUUGUACUUUACUCAAACAAACAAACAAAAAAAAUCCUGAUACACAUAUCGUGUAAUUUUUUUUCUUUUUUUUUUUUUUUGUAAUGCGAUGUUCCUUAGCAUUAAAGGGCUUAUGGGAGCAUUUAAACACUGUA